CCCGCGAGUUGUAAACACGAGGAAAAAUUCAAAUUAAUUAAGCUUUAAGAUUAGAUUAGUAUUUGAAUAGAAUUAUUAACACCUGACAAAUACAUGAAUCUCUUUUAGUCUUAUAAUUCAGCAUAUUAACUAGGAUCAAUUUUUCGCCAGGAGUUCAGUGUCUGCCUCAGCGAUGCUGAUAUUAAGCAGCUAUUCAGCCUAUUGUUCUUAGUCUGUCUUCAGUACUCUUCAGGCGUCUUUAAUAAUCUUUACUCUUCUCUUUUAAAAAAAGCUUAAUAUAAUAUAAUAAGAAAUUUCUAUCUGAUCUCCAAUCUGGACACUGAAUGCAGUGAAUACAGAGUUAGAAUUCUAUUCUAAAGUUACAGUGAAUUUAGCUAAAUGUCUAAAUUUAAUAUCUAUUCAGUUUGAGUAGGCCCUAUGCCCUAUUGACCUUUGUUUCUGGUUGGCAUAUUUAUUACGAAGUGUCUACUCGGAAGAUUUUUCUCCCCAACAUUUCCACUUAGUCGGCAAAAGAUAGCUCUGCGCAUGCGCAGUGACCUAGGGUUAGGGCUAGAAUGACGGUUAGGGGUAGGGUUAAGGAUAGGAUUAGGGUUGGUGUUAGGGCUCUGCAGUUGUAAACACACGCAUGCGCAGUACCAUAGAAAACAUCGCCGCUAAGUUUCUACGUAUGUUCUACAAAUGCGAUUGAAAAUGGCUACCAUAGCAGAACAAGCAGAAAAGUUGUUGGAUUUCACCCAGAAGUUUGACAUUCAUUUGUUGGAUACAAUUGUUUCAUGCAUGUACACAGCUGAUGGGGAACAGCAACGUAUGGCUCAGGAAGUACUGACAACAUUGAAAGAACAUCCAGAUGCUUGGACCAGAGUUGAUACAAUAUUGGAAUUCUCUAACAAUCAGCAAACGAAGUACUAUGCUUUACAAAUCUUAGAGAAUGUUAUAAAAACCAGGUGGAAAGUACUCCCUCGUGCUCAGUGUGAAGGUAUCAAGAAAUACAUAGUAGGAUUAAUCAUCAAAACUUCAUCAGAAGCUCUUCUGCUAGAGAGGGAGAAGGUGUACAUUGGGAAGCUGAACAUGAUUCUUGUUCAGAUUUUGAAGUAUGAAUGGCCCAGAAACUGGCCUACUUUCAUCAGUGAUAUUAUUGGUGCUAGUAAAACUAAUGAAUCUCUCUGCCAGAAUAACAUGGCUAUUCUCAAACUUUUGAGUGAAGAGGUUUUUGACUUUUCAAGUGGUCAAAUGACUCAGGCUAAGGCAAAACAUUUAAAAGAUACCAUGUGCAGUGAAUUUUCACAAAUAUUUCAACUUUGUCAAUUUGUAAUGGACAACAGUCAAAAUGCACCUCUUGUUGGUGCUACACUUGAAACUCUACUAAGAUUUCUUAAUUGGAUUCCUCUUGGAUACAUAUUUGAGACAAAACUAAUUACUACAUUAAUAUACAAGUUCCUUAACGUUCCUAUGUUUAGAAACAUUACUAUGAAGUGUCUCACAGAGAUUGCUGGUGUUCAAGCUUCUCAAAGCUAUGAUGAACAGUUCCUUCAACUUUUUACUCUGGGUAUGAAUCAACUAAAGCAGAUGCUACCAGUUGAAACAAAUAUAAAAGAAGCAUACCAAGGUGGCACAGAUGAUGAACAAAAUUUUAUUCAAAAUCUUAGCCUUUUCUUGUGCACUUUUUUAAAAGAGCAUGCUCAGCUUAUUGAGAAAAAGUCAGAAUUACAUGUUCUUCUGAUGGAGGCCUUACACUAUCUCAUCCUUAUCUCUCAUGUGGAGGAAGUUGAGAUUUUCAAGAUAUGUCUGGAGUAUUGGAGUUCAUUGGCUUCAGAGCUUUAUAGAGAAAAUCCUUUUUCUGACACAACAACCCCUCUUAUUUUUUCUCAAAUGCGAUCACAAAAUCAAGAGAUGCCAGUUCGCAGACAACUGUAUAAUCCAGUUUUGUCAAAGGUUCGGAUGGUCAUGAUUUCUCGUAUGGCUAAACCUGAAGAAGUGCUUGUAGUAGAAAAUGAACAAGGGGAAGUUGUGAGAGAGUUUAUGAAGGACACAGAUUCUAUAAAUCUAUACAAAAAUAUGCGUGAAACUUUGGUUUACUUGACUCAUUUGGAUUACACGGAUACUGAAAAUAUAAUGACUGAAAAAUUACAUAAUCAAGUUAAUGGUACUGAGUGGUCCUGGAAAAAUUUGAAUACUAUUUGCUGGGCCAUUGGUUCUAUUAGUGGAGCUAUGCACGAAGAUGACGAAAAAAGAUUUUUAGUUACAGUAAUCAAGGAUUUAUUGGGACUGUGUGAACAGAAAAGAGGAAAGGACAAUAAAGCAAUAAUUGCUUCAAAUAUUAUGUAUGUAGUAGGGCAGUAUCCUCGCUUCUUGCGGGCACAUUGGAGGUUCUUGAAGACAGUAGUGAAUAAAUUGUUUGAGUUUAUGCAUGAAACACACGAUGGUGUUCAGGAUAUGGCUUGUGACACAUUCAUAAAAAUAGCACAGAAGUGCAGACGCCAUUUUGUACAAGUGCAGGUUGGAGAGGUGAUGCCAUUUAUUGAAGAAAUUUUGAAUGGAAUAAACACCAUUAUCUGUGAUUUACAGCCUCAGCAGGUGCACACAUUUUAUGAAGCAGUAGGGCUGAUGAUAGGAGCACAAGUUGACCAGGUUGCUCAAGAACAUCUGAUUGAGCGUUACAUGUUAUUGCCAAAUCAGGUUUGGGAUGGUAUUAUUAACCAAGCCACACAUAAUGUUCAAGUGCUUAAAGACCCAGAGGCAGUCAAACAGUUGGCUAAUAUCCUUAAGACCAAUGUAAGAGCCUGUAAAGCUCUUGGACAUCCAUACGUUGUUCAGCUUGGACGCAUUUACCUGGACAUGUUAAAUGUUUACAAGGUAAUGAGUGAAAAUAUUAGCAGUGCCAUUGCUACUAAUGGUGAAAGUGUUACCAAGCAACCUUUAAUCAGAUCAAUGCGGACUGUGAAGAAGGAAACACUUAAGCUUAUUUCAGGAUGGGUUAAUCGCUCGACUGAUCCACAAAUGGUAGCAGAGAACUUUAUUUUGCCUUUACUUGAGGCUGUUCUGCUAGAUUAUCAAAGAAAUGUUCCAGCUGCUAGGGAGCCUGAAGUACUGAGUACCAUGGCUACUAUAGUCAAUAGUUUAAAGUCUCAUAUUACCAAGGACAUCCCACAGAUUUUUGAUGCUGUGUUUGAAUGCACUUUGACUAUGAUAAACAAGGAUUUUGAAGAGUUUCCUGAACACAGAACAAACUUUUUCUUACUUUUGCAAGCUGUCACACAACAUAGUUUUCAAGCAUUGCUGCAUAUACCUCCUGCACAGUUUAAACUUGUGCUAGAUUCAAUCAUAUGGGCAUUUAAGCAUACUAUGCGCAAUGUUGCUGAUACUGGAUUAGAUAUUUUGUAUGUCUUGCUGCAAAAUAUUACACGGGAAGAAAAUACAGCACAGAGUUUUUAUCAGACUUAUUUUACAGACAUACUUCAACAUCUAUUCUCUGUAAUAACUGAUAGUUCUCACACAGCAGGGCUUACAAUGCAGGCUACCAUUUUAGCAUACAUGUUCAAUCUUCUAGAGCAUGGAAAAAUUACUGUUCAGCUUAGUCCAAAUAUGCCAUCUAUACAGAAUAUUGUUUAUGUACAAGAGUUUCUUCUCUCUUUGCUGAAGACUGCAUUCCCGCACCUAAACGAGCAACAGAUUAAGAUAUUUAUUCAAGGCCUUUUUAGUUUUGACCAAGAAUGCAAUGCGCUCAAAGAACACUUAAGAGAUUUCUUGGUUCAAAUUAGGGAAUUUGCUGGUGAAGAUAUGGAAGAUUUGUUCCUUGAGGAAAGAGAAAGUGCUAUCAGACAUGCACAGGAUGAGAAACGUAAACAGCAGUUGGCUGUACCUGGCAUUGUUGGGCCACAUGAAGUACCUGAGGAAAUGCAAGAUUGAUUUAUUCCUGCUAUUCAAAAAGCUUGCAUCAGAUUUUUAGACUGGAUAGAGACCACAGUUUUAAUACAACUUGAAAGCACCACUUUAUUAGUUGUGACAGCCUACUGCCCAUAGCCCCAGUGUAUCUUUUAAAUUGUCUAACAUUUCUGCCUAUUUAAAAUAACUAUACACAAAUUAGUUUGUUUGUUUGUGUAUAAAUGUAAAUACAUGUUCCAAAAUGUGUAAAUUAUAACUGGUUUGAGUGUUAGCUGAAUUUAUUUAUAUUUUUACCCUCAUCAUGUGAUCCACAAUACGUUUUCCUGGUGAGUUUAAUAGGAUUUCCAGUUGUUUACUUAGUGGGUGCCGAAAAUAACCUUAUGUUGGAUUACAUUUAUUGCACUUAUUACGUGUUUUAAUAAGAUAUGCUGAUCUAAUAUACUUAGUAAUUGAAGGUACUAUUAUUUAUCAAGGAAUUUCAUUUUUAAUAUGACUGAUUAUAUUUAGUGUUUAGGUUUUGGAAACAAGUUCAACUAAACCAGAUAGCUCAAUGUUUGAUUAAAUUCUUAGUUUUCAUUUUGCAGUACAUGGUUGUUGAAUGACUUGCGUUUUAAUAAAUCAUGUAUAGGUGCUUCUUCUUUUGCACUCUGUAGCUUUUGAACCACAACUUGUGUACUGUUAGUGGUUUAAUUUUCCAGGCCAGAGGUAUACUUUAUUAAAGGCACUGUUUUAAGUUGCUAAUUUUAAUCUACUAAUUGACAUUCUGCAAUUUCUCUGUACAUAUUGUUUUGUCAAUACUUGUUAGCUUAACGUGGUGUUGUUUAACAAGUGUUUUUUUUUCCUGAAAUGUGACAAUCAUGGUUUUAAAACUACUCUCUUUCUAGAUUAGAUUUUUGCAACUUCUUUUCCCCUUACAAAUUGGCCGUAUUUGUAAAUUAAUAGCUUUUUCCUUCUGAUUGCCUCUAAUUUGAUAAAACCACAGUACGUUCAAGUGUUUACUUCAUAAUUGUUAGCUUGUUAAUUUUUGCAUUUGGUAAUACUUUAAUACUUUUGAUAUAGUAAAAUUAUUACUACUACUACUCUGAUUUUAAUACACUUUAGUUUGAUUUAAAGCAACUUCUAUUGUCACUUCAUUUACAUUGUCAUUGGGUACUAAGUACUGUGUACUUGCUCUAAUCUUUUGUAUGCUUCCUGCUCACCUUAUUUUAUGCAGGAUACAAAUAUCUGUACAGUGAUUCCUAUGUCCUAAACAUAAUGCAGUUAACUCUUUUUUUUUCAUUUGUUGACAUGUGUAAUUAGAAAUUUUAAUAAAAUAAACAGUUGUUAAAAAUGUUUUU